AUGAAGCUCUAUCAGUUGUUCCUUCCAUGGCUGGUAGCCCUUGGUGCUGUCGCAGCACAAUUGCAAGUCUCAAGGAAACCUGAUGCCUCGGCUUCUCCCCAACAGUCGAGCAUCGGAUACCAAUACAGCACCCUUCUUACAAGCAUAAUUCGCCAGCCCGAUCUGGGCCUCCCUAAUACCGCUACCGACACCGCUACCGACAACCAGAACGAGCUUGACGCCGCAGACUCCGACUCUGACGACAGCGAUUCUGAACAUGCUGCUGAUGGCCAAGCCGACAUGCUCGAUGCCGACUACGACUCUGAUGACACCGAUCCCGAACUCGUUGCUUCCGCCAGCAGCGACAAAGGCCACCCUAAGAAGCACGAUCCCGACGACGAUGAAGAUGGCGACGACAAGAAGGAAGAGAAAGAAGAGAAGAAAGAGGAAAAAAAGGAGAGAAAAGAAGCGAAGAAGAACGCAACCAGAGUGAAGUGGUACAAGCAACCUGACUGCAAACGUCCUAGUCGCAGAUCGCAUAAGCGGAUGCCUCUGGGUGAAUGUAGGAAAAUGCACAAGGUAGCGGCUUACAAGUUCAAGGGGUCGAAGAAAAAGCACGGCAAGAAGGAUAAGGACGACGACGACGAUGCUGAUGUCGAGUACGGUACCAAUUGUACGAUGAAAUUCUACAACGACAAGAAAUGUCAGAAUCAAGUGUUUAUUCACAGUGGUCCUGUAGAUACUGCCGCUGGCUGCAUCAACAUCGGACGUACUGAUAACGAUAAUCCCGACGGGAAGAAAGAAAAGAAGGAAAAGAAACGCAAGAUUUGGUCUGCAAUGCUCACUUGUGGAGACGAGGACGACGACGACAACUCGAGCAACUCAGUUGGUUCUAGCCUGUCAAGGACUGCUGCUGGUGUAUCCAAAACUACCGGCCUCGCGUCAACAAAGGCUUCAGGCACCAAGAAGGGAUCAAAGACCUCAUCCGGAGUCUACCCUACCGAGUCUGACAAAAACGACGACGAGGAUUCUGAUGCUGAAGAUGAGGAGCCAGCUACUGAAGUGAAGGAGCCAACUACCACAAAGGCUGGCAUCAAGAAGUCAUCAAAGAUAUCCCUCACGGCCGAACCUACCGAAACGCACAAGAGUGACGACGAGAGCGACAAGGAGCCAGGUACUGAAGACAAGGAUUCAGACUCUGGAUGGAAGGAGCUGGAACCCGAAGACAAGAAGCCCGACGACGACACCCCGAACUAA